AUGGCAAAUCUCAUCACUCUCCUCCCUCUCUUCAUAUUUUUCUCUCUUAUCAUCUCACCACCACCAGCAACAUCCUUCAACAACCACACCGAUUUUCUCUCGCUGCUCGCCUUCAAAUCCGCCAUCGAUCUCGACCCACUCGGAGCUCUAGCUUCAUGGAACCAGACGACGCAUUUCUGCGAGUGGAACGGGAUCCGAUGCGGCCGGAGACAUCCCGACCGAGUGGUGGGGAUAAACUUGAUGUCCCAAGCACUGGUUGGCUCCCUCUCACCCCACAUAGGUAACCUCUCUCUCCUCAAAUCCAUCUCACUCCACAACAACUCUUUCCAUGGCACCAUCCCUCAACAACUCGGCCACCUCCGGAAGCUCCGGAACCUCGGCUUGAGCAACAACUCCUUCAAUGGUCCAAUACACCAAAAUUUGUCAAGAUGCUCGGAUCUUGUGUACCUUGACUUAUACAACAACGCCCUCUCCGGAUACAUACCACCAGAGCUCGAGCUUCUGCAGAAGCUCGAGCUCCUGGCGCUGUCCAUGAACCGCCUCUCUGGCCCAUUCCCACCAUCACUAGGGAAUUUGACAUCUCUAGAGAAAAUCUCUUUAGCUGUGUGCCAAUUUCAUGGUGAAAUCCCAGAAUCAUUCACCAGGCUCAAGAGCUUGAAAUUCCUCCAGUUUGCUGCAAACAAUCUCACUGGCACCAUUCCCAUUGGCCUAUUCAAUAUGUCUCAACUUUUCCAUUUUGCAGUUGAUACUAAUCAUCUUCAAGGAACAAUCCCCUCCUACAUAGGAUAUACUCUGCCUAAACUCCAGUAUCUCAUUUUGGCACAAAACAGAUUCGCUGGCCCUCUUCCUCUCUCCCUCUCAAACCUUUCCAACUUGAUAUACCUCGAAAUGCCCAUUAAUGGCUUCACGGGAAGAAUCCCACAACUUGGGAGAUGUUCAAAUCUUGUAAGCUUCAGUCUCGGAUACAAUCUUCUUCGAGAUGACGCCUCUUUCAUUUCAUCAUUCACAAACUGCACAAACCUAGAGAUACUGGUAGUUAUUUCCAACAUGAUAACCGGUUCAUUGCCCAACUCCAUUUCCAAUCUUUCCACUCACCUUAGCCUCCUACAUCUCGGGGACAACGAAAUUCACGGCGACAUUCCUCCGGCUAUCGAAAACCUCGUCGGCCUCAACGCCAUUUAUCUUCAUCGCAAUUAUCUAGAGGGCCCGAUUCCUGAGGGUAUUGGGAAGCUUAGUAACUUGUUUGUGUUUCAUGUAUAUCUAAACAGACUCACCAAGGCUCUGCCGCAUUCAAUAGGAAACCUCACUUCCUUAACUGUGUUGUUCUUGGAUCAUAACAACUUUUUGGGGAACUUACCUUUGAGCCUUGCCAACCUCACCAAUUUGAUAGAUCUUGAUCUCUCCUACAACGAUUUCAGUGGUGUCAUACCUCCGCAAAUCGUGGAGAGCCUCGCCUCCGUUGCUAUCACGCUUGAUCUCAACAACAAUCACUUUGAAGGGUCGAUUCCACAGGAAGUUGGUUCUCUGACAAACCUCGCCUUGCUGGCGUUGUCCGAGAACAGAUUCUCCGGUCAGAUUCCGCUCUCAUUGGCCAGAUGUGCAGUAUUGCAGCGCCUCUACCUGCAGGGGAAUCUAUUACAAGGAGAGAUUCCCUCGGCAUUGUCUGCUUUGGCGGCUCUACAAGACUUGGAUCUUUCGCGGAAUAAUCUCUCCGGUUCAAUCCCGAGAUCCCUCGAGAAGUUGAAGCUCGGAUACUUGAACCUCUCGUUCAAUGCGCUGGCGGGGGAGGUCCCAAGAGCCGGGGCUUUCGCGAACCAGACCGCGGUUUUCCUCGAUGGAAACCCGCGGUUGUGUGGCGGCGUGCGCGAGCUGAAUCUUCCGCCCUGCCCUCGGGUGGAAUCCAGUCGAAAAAACAAGAAUCAUCGCUCUACUCUGGUGAUAAAACUCCUGAUCCCGCUGCUGGCGGGUCAGGAGUUUUAG